UCAAGUGAUCCUUCUGCCUCUGCCUCUGAGUAGCUGGGACUACAGAUAUGUGCCACCAUGCCUGGCUAAGGCAGUGUUGUUUGGAGGAGCUCCUUCCUACCUGCAAAUACCUAGAGGGGCUGCCAGGGCCUGACCCUCUUUGACCUCUUCUUUAUGUGGCAGCAAUAUGUAGGAAAACAGAGAGCUUCAAAUGAGAAGCGGCUAGGAAAGUGUAUUUUCUCCUGGAAAUGGCAGGGGGAGCUUCAGGAAUCAGGUGCAUGUAAAUGGCUGGAAAUAUAAACUGAGUUGGUUUUUAAUUGGGACAGGAUGCUGGAGCAGAUAAGCCUCCUUGAAAAUAAUGAUGAGAUCCAGAUGGGGAGGCACAGAGCAGGAACCAACCCUCUCCCCACCUUCCCCUCCUCUGUGGCAGCAGAAAUCCUCCCUGGAGUGUGGACAGUCUCGGCUUGGAAUUUGCUAGCUAGGAGAAAGAAGGAAGUGGGAGGGAUGGGACCCCCUUUCCACUUGCCUUGCGCGCAAACCUCUCUCAACCUAAUGAGCUGUAAUGCUGGAAGCCAAGGCAUCCUCAGGAUGGGGAAGCCAGGCCAGGGCUAAUUCUUUGUCAGCAGAUUCUCAGGAGCUAUGGAAAUGAAGCAGCUUGGUGUACAGCAGAUAAUCAAGAGAGGCCCAGUGGGUGGAAGGAGUGGAGUAUCUCUCCAGUCGUUCAAUAUUGAUCACAGUGGGGUUCCAGGCGUCCAGCCUGGGUGUGUGUGUGCACGUGUGCACAUGUGUGAACAUGCAUGCCUGCAAAAGAUCAUGAAACUUGGAUUAAUUUUUGCCACUCUUGACAGCGUAGUGCCAGGUAUACUGCAUGUGGAUGCUGACUCUCCAGGGGGAUGUUUGGAGAUGAAGCAAUGCAGUGUUAUCUCUAUGUGAGGUGCUGUAGGGGCUGAGGAUGUCUCUUGAACUACAGGAAAGCUUUAAGUAGUGCACCUAGAGACAAAGGCCUGGAAAAUGGAGAGGAUCUGCUUUUUUCUUUGUAAUUUAUUGGUCUUGGGACUUCCAGAGUGCCUGCCCCUGGCACUCCCAGCCCAUGCCGCAUACACAAUGUUCUUAAGCCUGGGACUAUGUGUUUUUCAUUUUUUCACUCCUGCAUCUGGCGUAUUUCUUGAUUUGUUUUUCACAGCCAUUAUCUCUUCUGCAUCAAAUGGUCCACAUUUUGAAAGUUUACAGCUAUUAUUUCAUAGAGUUAGCAUGUGUGCUGGUGAAGCAAGCACUAUUAUUUCAUAUAGUUAGAAGGUACCUCAUUUACACAUGAGAAAACUAAGGGCCCAAGAAAUAAAGUCACAUUGCUAACUCAGGUUGGAUCUUGGACUGAAUGUUUGGUCCUGCCAUAUUUGUUCCCACUGACGGCACUGCCAUCAGGGCCACCCUCAUGGUGGAUAAGUGACCACCAACUGGACUGCUCUGGAGUUUAGGACUGUUUCUACCUCCACCACACAAUCUCUUUUACCACCUGAGAUUUUCCCUUCUCUUGGGCAGAAUUUGAGAGGUCCAUUUGGAUAUGUAUUCAUAGAUUCAUAAUCAUUUGUCCUUGACAAAUGGAAGCCUUUCGACAUCCCAAAAGGAAGGAGAGAGGAAGGAGAAAACGGAUUACCUAUCGUUGUUUCCCUUUUUAAUGUUCUGCCUCUUGUAAGUUCUUCUUGACGUCUAACUAAAAUGAAAAUCUGCCAUACCGUGCAGUUUGUUGGCAAAGGGAAAGAACCCCUGCUAGACAUUCUGUGUGCAGACUUAAUUCAGAGGAUUUCGGAGCUCUCGAUGAGCAGGGGAAGCCCCAAGCCUGCCUUCGUUCCUACUCCCUCGUGCUAUCUUUACAGGGCAUAGGAGAAGUAAUUUAACUUGCAGCUUAAGCAAAGGCUGUGGGAGGCCCCUGAGCUCAGCUUGAAGAGAAAGGGGAUAUUUUUGCCUUCUAGAGGAAGAAAGCUCAUUUUCCCAAAGCACCCCUACCCCCUCCUCCUUCUGUGCAGAUGAGCUUAAUUUUCUUCCCCUCCUACUGAAGGUGGAUCAAAGCCAAGCUAUGUAUUCAAGGGGGAGCUAGGCAGGGAAGCUGAGUGAGGGGGCGAGGGGGCAGAAGCAGAGCUUCUCUCAUGGAGAGGAAGUAAUUAAUUUUAAGAGAGAGCUAAGACAGGGAAGCCCUUGGUGAUAGAAUGUCAAACUCCAAAUGCAGGUGGUUAAAAAUUAAGUCAGGGCUGGAGAGUUUCUAUUAUUCAUUCAUUCAACAAAUAUUUAUCGAGCACCUGUUUUGUAUGGGCAGGAACCUCAACCGGGCAUCAGGAGAGGGCCCAAGAAACUGGAUUAGGGACAGGGAAAGGAAGCGAUCUGAAAACCGAGGCCUCCUCUCACCAGGAUAAAUCAUUUGCAAAAGUCCCAUGAAAUAGCUGAAUGUAUUGACCUUCUGGAUUUAAGAUUAAGCUAUUUAAAUAUCAGCAGCGGUUGACCCCAGUUAUAUCGUACCAACAUGUCUCAUUAUGGGUUAAAUAAUAAUGUUGUCCAUUUGCUUUUCCAUUCACUGAUGACAUUAUUCCCCGAUAAAGUUCUUGCUCAAUCCAAAAAAUUAGAUUAGCCCCUUCCUUUCAGUGUCUGUUGUGACAUCACAGAAUUGCCAUAGCAACAGACUGUGAUGUCAGCAGGCUGCCUGGUGCUGCUAAAAAGAACCACGUUGGUCAAAAAAGGAAUCUGUCAUGUGAAGACGAAAUGGAAUAAUAUAGAAAGCCAGAGGAACUGAAACGUGAUAUCAAAAAGAACAUCUUGGCAGGAUAAGAUAACAGUGGGUCUGGAGCCUCCUUUGCUAGAACUCUUUACAGAAAACCAAGGAACUUAAUGAGGAUUGAUUGGAGAACAGACUUGCCUAGAAGCAGGGGGAUGGCAGCGAUGUCCUUCGGAAGGCCCUCACAGUCCAAGGAUCCUAAGACAUGAAGGACAUUAGGAAAGGGGGAGCGCUGACCAUCUUUAGCCGCUGAAGAAUUCAGGGGAAUUAGCAUCGAUACAAACCUCCUUGCUUCUGAGCAGAUCUGACAGUCACCAGCUGGAAUGUAUCAUCUCGUGUCUGGGAAGAUUUUCAGCUAUAAACACACAAUGACCCCCUCUCAAGCCCCAUUUCCCGCCCUAUUCCUCGCAAGCCUUGGGAGGAAGCUCUCCUUUAACAUUGCCUGAGCAGUCCCAUCCCAGCCACCAGCUCUGGCUCCACAACGUCCACGCCCAUCUGGUCGACUUGCUUCUCAUCUGUAGGACCGCCACACAGGGAGGGAAAGCAACCCUGUGCUGUCCGAGGGGAGCAAGUCGGAGGGACGGGGGCAGAGGAGCUUCAUUCAUUAUGCUCCUGUCCACACAGAAGAAGGCUGGGCAGGCUGACAGAAGGGAAAGGAGACCUGCUCAAUCAAUCUCAGCUUCUCAGCAGCGGCAGCAAUAACAGCAGAUGAAUCUGGAGCUUCAUUUAACCCUUAUGCCCACGGGAUCUGAAGGAUCUCUGAGAAGCAAGUUGAUUUUCAGCUUUAGGAGCCUGUGUUGUGGGUUGGGAACUGGGGAGGCAGGAGGACUGUCUCCCUACAGGUCGGGCUGGCAUGAGUUUCAGCCGUGCAGAUGGGAACGCAGCCCCAGACUCCUUCACCCGCCCAGCCACUCUGCGUCCUUAGCUCACUGAGGUCGGACUACCUGGGAGUGCUACACCUGCUCCGUGUAUGUCUGUCUCUCUAUUUCAACAUUUUCUCCUUGGGGAGCUGAAUGGGGAGGAUAUCAUCCCCUCCUUGUUUAUUCUGCCUCCAGUCCUCUGACCAGUAGCAUUCUGGCCGAAUACAAGGAAGCCACAGGCCUACUAGGGCACCUAGGCGACCCCUACCACCACCCAAGGAGAGUGCCCUCCUUCUCCAGAGCCAGAGCCAGGAGGAGGGGGAACUGCCAGAGUCUCUGCCACCGAUCGCUCUGCAUCUCUGCCACAGCCUUACCAGUUGGACCAGAGGACUUACUUCUCAGAGGCAUGGUAGGAGCAGGGUGGCCGGUGGGUCCUCUGAGGCUGCCAACCUGGGGACGGACCUGCCAAAAAGAUGUUGAAGUUUCGGGCUGAUCGACGGGUCAGCCACAAUGAAAGACGGAACACAUUUCUACACCCAGUGACUGGCCAGGUCCCAGACGAAAACAAAACAUUUGACUUGAAAAUAUCAGCCUUGGACAUGUCCAAUAAAACAGGUGGGAAACGCCCGGCUACCACCAACAGUGACAUACCCAACCACAACAUGGUGUCCGAGGUCCCUCCAGAGCGGCCCAGCGUCCGAGCAACUCGCACAGCCCGCAAAGCUGUCGCCUUUGGCAAGCGCUCACACUCCAUGAAGCGGAACCCCAAUGCACCUGUCACCAAGGCGGGCUGGCUCUUCAAACAGGCCAGCUCCGGGGUUAAGCAGUGGAACAAGCGCUGGUUCGUCCUGGUGGAUCGCUGCCUCUUCUACUAUAAAGAUGAGAAGGAAGAGAGUAUCCUAGGCAGCAUCCCCCUCCUGAGCUUCCGGGUAGCCGCAGUGCAGCCCUCAGACAACAUCAGCCGGAAACACACGUUUAAGGUGACUGUGUGCUGGGUGGAUGAGGCCGAGGCCAGCUCCACGCACUGCCUCUCCCCACAGGCCGAGCAUGCUGGGGUCCGCACCUACUUCUUCAGUGCCGAGAGCCCCGAGGAGCAAGAGGCCUGGAUCCAGGCCAUGGGGGAGGCUGCUCGAGUACAGAUCCCUCCAGCCCAGAAGUCAGUGCCCCAAGCUGGGCGGCACAGUCUGGCACCCCCUGCCCCACUCCAUGCUGGGCUGAAGUCACUGACAGCAUCUCCUUUGGCAUCCAGCAGCCAUGAGAAGCCAGACUCGGAGAACAUCCCACCCAGCAAGCACCACCAGCAGCCGCCCCACAACAGCCUUCCCAAGCCUGAGCCAGAGGCCAAGACUCGAGGGGAGGGUGAUGGCCGAGGCUGUGAAAAGGCAGAGAGAAGGCCGGAGAGGCCAGAAGUCAAGAAAGAGCCUCUGGUGAAAGCCAACGGCCUCCCAGCUGGACCGGAGCCAGCCUCAGAGCCGGGCAGCCCUUACCCCGAGGGCCCAAGGGUGCCAGGGGGUGGGGAACAACCUGCCCAGCCCAAUGGCUGGCAGUACCACUCCCCAAGCCGGCCAGGGAGCACAGCUUUCCCGCCUCAGGACGGAGAGACUGGGGGACACCGGCGGAGCUUCCCGCCACGCACCAACCCUGACAAAAUUGCCCAGCGCAAGAGCUCCAUGAACCAGCUUCAGCAGUGGGUGAACCUGCGCCGGGGGGUACCCCCGCCUGAAGACCUUCGGAGUCCCUCUAGAUUCUACCCUGUGUCUCGCAGGGUCCCUGAGUACUACAGCCCCUACUCCUCCCAGUACCCUGAUGAUUACCAGUACUACCCGCCAGGGGUGCGGCCAGAGAGCAUCUGCUCCAUGCCGGCCUAUGAUCGGAUCAGCCCGCCCUGGGCCCUGGAGGACAAGCGCCAUGCCUUCCGCAACGGGGGCGGCCCUGCCUACCAGCUGCGAGAGUGGAAGGAGCCCGCCAGCUACGGGCGGCAGGAUGGCACCGUCUGGAUCCCAAGCCCCUCCCGGCAACCAGUCUAUUAUGAUGAGCUGGAUGCUGCCUCUAGCUCCAUGCGCCGCCUGUCCCUGCAGCCCCGCUCCCACUCUGUGCCCCGCUCACCCAGCCAGGGUUCCUACAGCCGUGCCCGCAUUUACUCCCCUGUCCGCUCACCCAGUGCCCGUUUUGAGCGACUGCCACCUCGCAGCGAGGACAUCUAUGCUGACCCUGCUGCCUAUGUGAUGAGGCGAUCCAUCAGCUCCCCCAAGUAUGAUUACCUGGGAGACAGGCGGCCAGUCCCUGCAGGACUGUUCCCCUACAACUACCCACCAUCCCCCACGGUCCACGAUAAGAUGGAUGAACUUUUAGAUCUUCAGUUGCAAAGAAACCUAGAGUAUUUGGAUCAGCAGAUGAGUGAGAGUGAGACUCUCAUCAGUAUGGUGAACCGCAUGGUGGAAAACUCCUCCCCCAGGUCCCAACUCUUCAUGCAAGUCCCUCCGUACCCAGAAGUGUUCCGGGACAGCCUCCAUACCUACAAGUUAAACGAGCAAGACACAGAUAAGCUGCUGGGAAAAUUGUGUGAGCAGAACAAGGUGGUGAGGGAGCAGGACCGGCUGGUGCAGCAGCUCCGAGCUGAGAAGGAGAGCCUGGAAAGUGCCUUGAUGGGGACCCACCAGGAGCUGGAGAUGUUUGGAAGCCAGCCUGCCUACCCAGAAAAGCUGCGGCACAAAAAGGAUUCUCUGCAGAACCAGCUCAUCAACAUCCGUGUGGAGCUGUCUCAGGCGACCACGGCCCUGACGAACAGCACCAUAGAGUAUGAGCACCUCGAGUCUGAGGUCUCUGCCCUGCAUGAUGACCUCUGGGAGCAGCUCAAUUUGGACACCCAGAAUGAGGUGCUGAACCGGCAAAUCCAAAAGGAGAUCUGGAGGAUCCAGGACGUGAUGGAGGGGCUGAGGAAGAAUAACCCCUCCCGGGGCACGGACACUGCCAAGCACAGAGGAGGACUUGGCCCCUCAGCCACCUACAGCUCCAACAGCCCGGCCAGCCCCCUCAGCUCCGCCAGCCUCACCAGCCCCCUGAGCCCCUUUUCACUGGUGUCGGGCUCUCAGGGGUCCCCCACCAAGCCUGGCUCCAACGAGGAACCUGGCCCGCCUCGGCCUCCCCUCCCCAAAGCCUACGUCCCCCUGGAGUCUCCUCCAGCCGUCCCUCCACUCCCUAGCGAGAGCCGCUUCUGGCCCUACCCCAGCUCCCCUUCCUGGCACCGCAGUGGCGAGACAGCCAGGGGGCAGCCCAAGGCAAGCUACGAACAAAGCAAGAAAGAUCCCCACCAGACAUCAUCCCUGGACACCCCCAGAGACAUCAGCCUUGUGCCCACCAGACAAGAGGUAGAGGCAGAGAAGCAGGCAGCUCUCAACAAAGUUGGUGUUGUGCCCCCUCGGACAAAAUCGCCCACUGAUGAUGAGGUGACCCCAUCAGCAGUGGUGAGGAGGAAUGCCAAUGGGUUCACCAAUGGACUCUCCUCUCAGCAGGAACGCCCCAAGAGUGCUGUGUUCCCUGGCGAGGGGAAGGUCAAGAUGAGUGUGGAGGAGCAGAUUGACCGAAUGCGGCGGCACCAGAGUGGCUCCAUGAAGGAGAAGCGGAGAAGCCUGCAGCUCCCGGCCAGCCCGGCCCCCGACCCCAGUCCCCGGCCAGCCUACAAAGUGGUGCGCCGCCACCGCAGCAUCCACGAGGUGGACAUCUCCAACCUGGAGGCAGCCCUGCGGGCAGAGGAGCCUGGUGGGCAGGCCUACGAGACACCCCGCGAGGAAAUUGCCCGGCUUCGCAAAAUGGAGCUAGAGCCCCAGCAUUAUGAUGUAGACAUCAAUAAGGAGCUCUCCACUCCAGACAAAGUCCUCAUCCCCGAACGGUACAUUGACCUGGAGCCUGACACUCCUCUGAGCCCUGAGGAGUUGAAGGAGAAGCAGAAGAAGGUGGAGAGGAUCAAGACACUCAUUGCCAAAUCCAGUAUGCAGAACGUGGUGCCCAUCGGCGAGGGGGACUCUGUGGACGUGCCCCAGGACUCAGAGAGCCAGCUGCAGGAGCAGGAGAAGCGGAUUGAAAUCUCCUGCGCCCUGGCGACCGAGGCCUCCCGCAGGGGCCGCAUGCUGUCUGUGCAAUGUGCCACCCCAAGCCCUCCCACCUCCCCUGCUUCCCCGACUCCUCCAGCCAACCCCCUGUCGUCUGAAUCCCCACGGGGCGCCGACAGCAGCCAUACCAUGCGGGUCUGAGCUCUGACUGCAAGCCCUGGCUGAGGCCAAUGCUGUGAAGCUCCACAAAGUCACAUUCUGAAGCUGUCCGCUGCCCACCUGAGGUCCUGGCUCCCCACCCUGGCCCCCUGCCCCUGCACUCCCAUGGGAAUGCCGCAGGGAGCCAGGCUGGGGCGACAGGCUGCUGCCGAGAGGAGUGUGGAUACCUCAGUGUCCACACACCCACUAUGCCUAACCCUGGAGCUCUCACUACUCACACCGUGGUCCUGAGCCAGGGCCUGAGACGGCAGUGGGGAGCACCAUCCUCGUUAAUGCCCAAGUCACAGGGAGCUUCGGCCUCGCCCUGGUUGGGGUUGUGGUGAAUCCAGUGGAACAAUCCCUGAUGGGGGACAUGCCGUGGUGGAGAACAUACCUGUGGCUAUCUUAUGUGAGGACUAGAGGUGAAGAGGAGAUGGACACUGCCUCUUGGAGCCAGCCUGACACCGAGGACAGCACUUGUCGUCAUCCCUAUCCUCAUCAGUCCCACCCGGUUGCCUCAGCUGGACCCAGGGCUUUGAUAAACCCAGUGCUUUGCUUAUGGGUGCUCGCUGGGGUCCAAUGGAGACUGACCACCCUGCUUGAGCCAAAGACAAGGUGAUGAGAGAUGGGGAGAGGCUAUUGGCUCCCAGAGGGAACAGUGCUGGUUGUGGCUAGAGAACAGCAGGUCUGUGCAGUGUCUGAGGGCAGGUUGGGAAAGGUAGCAGAGAGAGAGAGACAGAAAGAGAAAGAGAGAGAGAGAGAGAUCCUCAGAGUGGGAGGAGGGGGAAGCAGCAGGACACAUUGGCAAGUCAAGCAGGAAGGAAGGAGAUGGAAAAGGGGUAUCAGAUUGGUUUCCCCAGGUGGAGCCUUAGGUUAGUGCCCAGUGCAGUGCCAGACUGUCUCCUCUGCUCCUCCUACCUCAUCCCCAGGACGACCCACCAGUGGAGCACAGGCAGCCUCAGUGGAGAUGCUUGGUGUGGGGAUCUGGGUGAAGGGGAUUGAGUAGCAACUGCCUGGGAGAUGGCUGUUGGUAGUUCUGUGUCUGGUGUCUGCCUCCCCGUCCUGGGGUAAGGGGCAGAGAGAAGGACUUGUCUUAUAUAGGGUGUGGUCAGCCUUGGGGCCUUACCUACCCAGUUCUGCGAUAUUUCUUGCCCUGUUCCCCCUGGAAUGUGCAGUGAUCCAGCUGAGAACAUGCUUUGAGGAGGAGGGAUGAGGCCUUAAUCUGGGAGGCCUCCCAGGAUUCCAGGACCAUCCCCCAUCCCAGGCAUCCCAGACGAGGACUGGCUGAGGCUAGGCGCUCUCACGAUCCACCUGCCCAGGGAGGGCAGUGGGGGAGAGACAGAAGAGCAAAGCGCACUCUUCCUCAGCUCCACCCACCUGGAGAUGAAGGUAGCCAGAGAGGAGGAAGGAGGGAAGCUGAAGAUGCCAUGGCCCCUAGGCCUUCACUCUGCUAGAGUUGCCACCCAGAGGCUUCAGCCUGACCUCCAGCGGUCCCAAGAACACCUACUAAUUCCUCUCCACUCCUUCAUGGCUGGGACAGUUACUGGUUCAUAUGCAAGUAAAGAUGAUAAUUUACUCAACAAAUAUUUAUUGAGCACCUUUUAUGUACCAGGCACUGUUCUAGGUGCUUAGGAUAUUCUCAUGUUUCUGAGGGAUUACAGCCUGGGAGGAUUCCACCAAUCUUCACUUCUAGCAGGUUUUUUAAAUGUGACCCUUGGCUAUAUUUCCCAUCUUCACAGUUCGAGCACCCCAAACCUGCCCUUUCUUCCCUGCAGACUGGCAGGUAGGAUUGGCUCCCAGGUCAUCUUCUCUCCCUCUUUCCCCCACGCCUUUCUCCCUCCACAGGAAACAGAUUUUUCAGGGCCUUCCACACCUGCCGCUUUGUCUGUCUUUUUUUUUUUUUUAAAGUAAUAUUUUUUAGAAAUACAUGUAAAAUACCAAGAAAUAAUGUCUGCACCUCUGCCACCUCUCUCUCACCUCUUUUUUCAUAAAGCUGGCUCUUUAUGUUGCUUUACAUGCCUUAAUAUAUGUUUUAUGGAGAUUAUACAUAUUAUAGAUCUAUAUAUGUAAUAUAUUUGUUUGGAUGUCUGAUCUUUUCCUACAGUUCCUACCCAGGCCCGUUUUUCUCUCCCUUAUUUUCCAUAUCAUUCCUAGCAUAUCAAGGCCAUACCCCUUGCCUUUUUGAUCCAAAGAAGAGGAGAGGAAAGACUUAUUUUAAGACAGAUCUAUUUUAUGCUUUUGUUUAAAAAAAGCAAAUCUAUUUUCAAAAUGUGCAAUGUCUGAAUGGAAUUGGCAAAUGAGGUGAGGAGAUGGGGUAACUGCCUUUAGGUCCCAACCCUGUGCCCUUCCCUCUGCCACAGUGGCUUCCUUCCAUCCUAUUCCCCAGUCAGGAAAGGGCUGGUCCCCAGACCUCACCCAGAGAGCAUCUUGCCGGGAGCAGGGCAUUCCCUUGGAAGUCCUGGCCUAAGGAUUUUAUUACACUGUCCACUCCUGAUGACCCUCUGCAGUUGUCAGGUGUGAAUCCUCUGGAAGGAACUGUUUGCAGUUGUAUGCACAAAGGAGACCCAUGCAGGCAUGCACCCCAAGUGGGCUGCUAGACUACCCCUCUUCAUCAGCCUGCUGGAAAGAGCAGACAGUGUAAUGGCAGCCUAUGCCAAACAGCGCUAAGGAUGUCAGUCUACGAGAUGGUGUGAAGCCCAGAGGAGGCGGCUUGGGAUCCUCUGGGCCAUCCCUGGCCCUUUAGUACAGACACGUGCAAGUUCCUUGGGCUUGUCACACUCCUAUUCACUCGAUCCCUCUCUGGUCUGGGUCACAUCUAUGACAUCCCCCCUCUGCAACCUUUCUCUCUGGGGUCUGUACCAAAGGCAUGGUACCUCAGUCUGGCAUCCAGACUGCGAAAUCAGCCUAUGAGCCAAGGAGGGUCCUACAGACAAGGUGACAUCUCAACCUCACCCAAGAAACCCCCAGGACUUUACCCCAGCAGGCUGCCACGGGGGCACCGAACGAAGCCAGCUCAGCCUUCCAAACUGCUCAGCCUUUGUCAACCAUCAAAUUGGGGAAAGGGUCUCUGGCCUUGCAAGGAUUUGGGCAGGAUGGAAGUCUUUGUCUAGAUCUGAAAUCAAGGGCUUGGGAAUCUAGAGCCGAGCUCCUGGCCAGCGUUUGAAGCCUGGCCUCCCAACUGGGGCGUUUACUGACACCCUGCCGCCAGCCUAGAACAUCCUGCUCUGAAUGAACAGAGCGCAGGUGGGGGUCCAGGGCUAAGUGACCCACCUGGGGACGCUCUGAUUAUUCAUCCAGGGCCUUCUCAACGAGCACAUUACCUCCAUGAUCAAUAACCAAGAGGCUGCAAUCAAAUACUGCUACUGUCACUUUGAAGAUUUUCUGAGAUCGCAAGUGGCACACUUGCUCUCCGACCUUUGGGAGAGGCAUGUUUUUGGGCAGGGCUGGCUAUGGCAAGAGGGAACCAGUUCCUUUCUCCUUUAGGCACCCUCUACCUGGCAGCUCUUAAAACUAAGAAAAAAUAUUAUAUACACACACACACAUAUAUAUACACACACACAUAUAUAUCUAUUUAUGCACAUAUUGGGGCCAAUUUGAUUUGCUAGUAUUAGACAAUAAACCAUACAAGGAAAUUUAUGAUCUCAGUGUCUUUAUUUAGUAUAAAAGUGACCUUAGAAGAAGGGUGAAGGUUAGAUAGAUGGAAUCUCUGUCAGGGGCAACCAGCUGUAGCAUCCCCUUAGCAUCUUUCUAGCCAAUGAGCCCCCUCCCCAGGAGGAGGGGACGGCCUGACUGAAACAGGUGAGAAUUUGCUUCCUCCUUUCAGCAGCAUUCUUUUUAGAUUUAGGUACCGAAGAAUUCCAGUGAGUUCUGCAUUUGUAUCUUGCAAGUUUGUAUAAACUCAAUACAGGAAAUAAAAUGAAUGUUUUGUA